GCCCUGAACCCGGGCCUUGCCGGGUUAGCCCCACCUACUCCGGCCCUAGGCCAAUGGGAACCCGGGGCGCGCGCGCGGGACAGUGGGAACAGCGGGCACCUAAUCUGUGUGUACGCCGUUGCUGUAACAACCAACAGUGGAGUUCUUUUGCAAUGGCCUCCAAUUUUAAGAAGGCAAAUAUGGCAUCAAGUGCCCAGCGAAAAAGGAUGAGUCCUAAGCCAGAGCUUACUGAAGAGCAGAAGCAAGAAAUUCGGGAAGCUUUUGAUCUCUUUGAUGCUGAUGGAACUGGGACCAUAGAUAUUAAGGAACUAAAGGUGGCAAUGAGAGCCCUGGGCUUUGAACCUAAGAAAGAAGAAAUCAAGAAAAUGAUAAGUGAAAUUGACAAAGAAGGGACAGGAAAAAUGAAUUUCAGUGACUUUUUGACUGUGAUGACUCAGAAAAUGUCUGAGAAAGAUACCAAAGAAGAAAUCCUGAAAGCUUUCAAGCUCUUUGAUGAUGAUGAAACUGGAAAGAUAUCAUUCAAGAAUCUGAAGCGCGUGGCCAAAGAGUUGGGUGAGAACCUGACUGAUGAGGAGCUACAGGAAAUGAUUGAUGAAGCUGAUCGAGAUGGAGAUGGAGAGGUCAAUGAGCAGGAGUUCCUGCGCAUCAUGAAAAAGACCAGCCUCUAUUAACUUCAGUGUCUUCUGUUCUACUGCAAGCACACGUGACUAGAUUUAGUGCCUGCCAUUGUGUGAAAUCUGGCUUUUGAGAACACAACCCCCCACUAUCCUGAAUAACUUUCCUCAUGACCUUGAGUCUAUUUUAGAUUUUUGGAAGAAGUCUUUGAUAUUAAAGUUCUUUGUAAAAUGACCUACCAAUUUAAUUCUCAAAAGCAGAAUGAGAGCACAUUAGAGUGGAGAAAAGGGGCUUAAAGUUUGACUACCUGCCAUUUCACAUUGCAUUGCUUCACUUUUGUCAUGCAUUUCCACAUAGAUACAAACACAAAACAACUUCUUAGACAAGCACAUGUUGUACUUAUGUCACCACAAGCAGUGGUCAUUCUGCAGUGGUUCUGAUUGCUAGUUGAAACCUGUAUGUGGUUUUCUCUUUUAUAAAAUCCAGUGAACUCUUUCUCUGGCAUUUGUAUGUGUGUUAAUGCUAUUUAUUUUGUCAGGAAAAAUAAAACCUUUCUUAAUUUGA